GAGCAGACACACCAAAACAGACAGAAUACUGCUUUAUCUUAAGAAACUGUAACUAGCAGUUUAAGCUAUAGCUGCUUAUAUAAAUUUAUUUUAUCUGAAAGGUUCGACUAAGUUGUUCCAGAGAUGUUAUCUAUCAGGUUAAUAACGGUGGUUUUGUUAUGCUCUCUUCACCUUCACAGAGUAGAAGCCCAAGCAUGUACCGACCAAUCCUGGUGUCAAUCUUUUGCACACUUCUGCACCAAUGCUCGUUAUGCGGCCAGCAUGAGGACAAACUGUCCCAACGUAUGUGGUUCAUGCCCGAGUACAGGCGGAUCAAGCGUGAGGUGUGGUUCUAAUAACGGAGAAUGCGAGCAUCUUUGCCACAUUAACAACGACGUGAUUCAAUGCAGUUGCCAUCCUGGUUAUGAGCUUGCAAGCAACGGGAAAAACUGCACAGACGUUGAUGAGUGCGCAACUAUGGACUUCCCAUGCCCGAACCCGAGCAUUCCGUAUUGCGUCAAUUUAAGAGGAAAUUUUCAAUGUUCAAAUCAGUCAUGUCGUGCCAUUAGUGGGCAAAACAACCGCUAUCAAAGUGGUACUUGUUGCCAGCAGGAAAUAGGGUCCACAUGUGGUAGAGACGUAACUGCUGCAGACGAACGCAUUGUCGGUGGUAAAUCUGGCUUUCUCGGAGGUUGGCCGUGGAUGGUCUACAUACUUAUUGAUGGUUCUACAUUAUGUGGAGGUACAUUGAUUGAUGAGAAUUGGGUACUCACUGCGGCUCAUUGCUUUAGAACAGCCACAGCCAGCACAACAGUUAAAAUGUAUUUUGGUCGUUUAAAUCCUUAUGCCACUCAAGCACAAGAACCGCAUGUUCAAAUUCGUGAUGCUACUCAGUUGAUAUUGCAUGAGCAAUGGGACAAGAACAGGUUCCCGUACAAUGAUAUUGCAUUGCUUCGUGUCAGCAGCCCUGUUGUCUCUGGUCCAUUUAUAAGCAAAGUGUGUCUACCAAACGGGGAAGUCCCACCACCAGGAGCUAGAUGUUGGGUUACAGGGUAUGGUACAACAGCGUACAGAGGACCAGCUGCAAAAAUUCUCAGAGAGGUUCAACUCCCCAUUGUUGAUAUUAAUACAUGUGCAAGGUCAUACAACUCCACACAGUAUCCAAUCGAUACACAGAAGAUGUUAUGUGCUGGUUAUAGAGGAGGUGGAAGGGAUGCAUGUCAAGGUGACUCUGGUGGUCCAUUAGUUUGUCAACGUUGUGACUCAUGUUCUUGGUACAUUGCUGGUGUUGUGUCUUAUGGAAAGGGUUGUGCGAGUCCCAACUACUAUGGUGUGUACACUAAAGUUGAAAUGUAUGAAGAAUGGAUAAACACGAAAACAAAUAUUCAAUUUAACAAGAACAGGAGAUGCACUCCAGGAGGAGGUGCAGGUUGGACACAAUGGGCAAGUUGGCAGUUAUGCACACAAACAUGCGGCACUGGAUCUCACAUUCGAAGACGGACUUGUGUAUCAGGCACAGCUGGAGGACCCGGUUGCCGGGGAAAUGAGUUGGAAACGCAGAGCUGUAACACUCAACUCUGUCCAAGUUGGGGAGUUUGGGCAGCAUGGGGGCCAUGUGAUGCAAACUGUGGGGCAGGAGAGAGAAUGAGAAGUAGGCCAUGUCUUAAUGGGAACAUUGGUGAUGUUGGAUGUGAAGCAUCUGGUGCAAAUGCAACAGAGCCUUGUAAUACCGAUGACUGUCCAACAUGGUCUGUAUGGAGUGGGUGGUCAACUUGUACAGCUCAAUGUGGUGGAGGAACAAGAACGGCUACAAGGACAUGUAACACUAUGGGGACAUCGAACCCUUGUAGUGGGAGUGCUGCCAAAUCUGAAUCUUGCAGCACUUUACAAUGUCCAACAUGGAACCAAUGGGUAUGGUCAGUUUGUUCAAGAACUUGUGGAGGUGGUACUCAAAUGGGCACCAGAACCUGUAAUCAACAUGGUGGCACAGUUGAAUGUGAUGGGGAUGCAACACAAACAAGAUCAUGUGAAACACAGAUGUGCCCACGUUGGGGACGUUUUGGUGCAUGGCAGAGUUGUAGUGUGUCGUGUGGUGGAGGAACAAGAGAAAGAUCUCGCCCAUGUAUGGAUGGGGAGAUUGGAGAUAUUGGAUGUCCUCCUCAAGAAGCAACUGAGACAGAGGCUUGCAAUGAACAACUAUGUGGCACUUGGGAACAGUGGUCCCCUUGGUCUACUUGCUCCUUGUCCUGCAAUGGUGGAAGACAAACAGCUUCCCGACAAUGUACUGGGGGUACUGUGGGAGAAGGGGGUUGUCCUGGAAGUGAUACAAAAUAUCAACUAUGUCAAACUGACGAUUGUCCAUCUUGGGCGCCAUGGUCUGCAUUCAACCAAUGCAGUAAAUCUUGUGCCAGUGGUACCAAGACCCGGAGUCGAAACUGUAACAAUGGAAAUAUUGGAGAUGGUGGAUGUAAUGGAGAUGCUAGCAUGACGAUGUCAUGCAACACACACAGUUGUCCUCACUUUUCUGAAUGGAGUCCAUGGGCGGAAUGUUCAAGGUCUUGUAAUAAUGGAACUACUGUAAGGGAACGAACAUGUAUUGAUGGUGUCAUUGGUGACCAGGGUUGUAUUGGUCAGACCAGUGGUAGCAAAGCAUGCAAUGUCCAUGGAUGUCCCUUUUUCACUGAAUAUACAAGUUGGAGUGCAUGCAAUGCGUCUUGUGGGGGAGGCCACAAAAGCAGAACCAGAACUUGCGAGAAUGGAAAUGUAGGACAAGAUGGGUGUGUGGGGGACACAGUGAACCACCAGUCUUGCAACGUAUUCGCUUGUGCCUCAUGGAGCGACUGGUCUGGCUGGACCUCUUGUUCUGCUACUUGUGGAAGCGGCACAAAACAAGCCGUUCGUAUUUGCUUGAAUGCAAACAGUCUCACAAAUUGUGAAGGCAGUAACACUAAAGUGAUAAAUUGUCAAAGAAACCCAUGUCCUGGAGAGUACACAGAUUGGUCGACAUGGAGUGAAUGCAGUACUACUUGUGGUCCAGGCACCAAAACAAGACAUAGGAAUUGUACAGGGGGAAGCUGCAAUGAUGGACUUACUGAAACUGAAAACUGUUUAGACACUGUGUGUGUUGGCGAAUGGACAGCUUGGACGCCAUUUACCCCUUGCUCUAAAUCAUGUGGCUUGCACGGGUAUAAGACGAGAAGUCGCCAGUGUUUGGGUGGUGGAACUUGUAGUGGACCAUCUUUCAUAAACACAACAUGUGGUGUGGAAUGUCUAAUAGAAUGGGCUUCUUGGGGAACAUGGGGAGAAUGUGAUAGAACUUGUUCUGGAGGAACAAGAACAAAAUCAAGAUCUUGUAAUGGAGGAAGCAUAGGCAGUGCUGAAUGUCCCAGUAAUGCAGCAACUAUGGUAUCAACUUGUAAUGAGACACCAUGUCCAGAUUGUGUUGAUGGUGCAAUGGCAAACUGUGCAGGAUAUGUCACAUCUUUCACUAGCUUCUGCUACAACUUUCUUGAUUACGCAUUUAAUAAUUGCCCAGUUGCAUGCAACUUUUGCCAUGAAGCAUGGGGUGCUUGGUCCACUUGUACGUUUACUUGUGGUGGUGGGGCACAAGUUCGUACGAGAUCUUGUCGGAACUUAUCUGGACGUGGCUGUAAAGGUUCACCAACUCAAACUAGAUCGUGCAACGUUCAAUCCUGUUCAGGCUUCACACAGUGGUCUAUGUGGUCUCAAUGUACUGUGAGCUGCGACGGAGGGAAUCAAUAUCGAACACGGGAGUGCCCAAGCGGAAUCGAAUGUCCAGGAGAUGAGUUCGGCGUGUUAACUAACCAAACACAAGGCUGUGGUGUGGAUGUUUGCCCCGGAAGGUGGGGAGACUGGGCUAGCUGGCCAGAUUGUCCAGCGUCGUGCGGUCAAGGGCAAAGGAGGAGAGAAAGGCAAUGCGUAGGUGGUGUAGUCUGGUGGACCAGGAUGUACAGACGUCGUCGAUGGCGAUCUGGAUUUCAGAUCGAGUCAUGUCAAGCGAUCGUUUGGGGUCCUUUCGUUGCAAUUGGUACGUGCUCUGCUACUUGUGGAAACGGUACAAUCACUUCAAAUCGCGUUUGCAACGGUGGUGAUAUCGGUGGUCCUGGUUGCGAAGGAGGGGAAGUGAAAGUUGAUCCGUGUAAUUUGGGCGAAUGCGUCGUUGCGUGGCAACCUUGGGGACCAUGGGGUGAAUGUAAUGUCACAUGCGGUGGUGGUGUAAAGGUUCGAACCAGAUUGUGUGACAAUGGUAUGCCUGGUGAUGUUGGUUGCGAAGGUUUAACAAUUAAUGAGAAUACAUGUAAUCUUGCAUCUUGUGCUCAGCAAGACCGUUGCUCGGGUUUGGUGAAUCUUCACGUCCCGAAUAUGCAUCAACCGCACUGCCUUUCCAUCAUUACCUGGUGUACGUCAUACACGACUUAUAUGAACCUUUACUGCAGACGUGCAUGCUGCGAGUAUUUGAACGCAUUCCCAAUAACCCUACCAGCUUGUGAAGAUAAUGUCCUGUACGCGGAAACGUAUUGUGCGCAACAGACGGCUUAUUGCACUCAAUCGAAUCUGGGCUUGGUCGCUUCUGCGCCAUACGUUUCGUUCGUGCGUGCGAACUGUGCAAAGACAUGUAGAUUCUGCCGACCAGCAAUAGUUUAAACAGUGUUGCCAAGUAUAAUUUCUUUCUUUUUGACUAGUGUUCCCACAGCAUGUAGCACAACACAUAUUUUGCAAUUUUCUUGUCAAUAAAGUUUUCUAUAGCACCAAA